GUUGCCAAGCUGAAAUGUGUCCAGAGGUGGGUGACUAAAAUGAUCAAGGGUCUAGAGAACAAGCCCUAUGAGGAACAACUUAAAGAGCUGGGCAUGUUUAGCCUGCAGAAAAGAAGGCUGAAAAGAGACAUGGUGGCCAUAUAUAAAUAUGUGAGGGGAAGUCAUAGGGAGGAGGGAACAAGCUUGUUUUCUGCUGCCCUGGAAAUUAGAACGUGGAACAAUGGCUUCAAACUACAGGAAAGGAGAUUCCACCUGAACAUUAGGAAGAACUUCCUAACUAUGAGAGCUGUUCUGCAAUAGAAAUCUGCCCUGGAGUGUGGUGGAGGUUCCUUCUUUGGAAACUUUUAAGCAGAGGCUGGAUGGCCAUCUGUCGGGAGUGCUUUAAAUGCUAUUUCCUGCUUCUUGGCAGGGGGUUUGACUGGAUGGCCCAUGAGGUCUCUUCCAACUCCAUUAUUCUAUGAUUCAGGUAAAUAACAGCAGAAACCCAAAAGCAGGAUAUGAAGACCUCAAGAUUUUGUUAUGUUUGUACUGGCAUUGAAUGUUUGCCAUAUUAUUUUGGAAACUGCCCUGAGUCCCCUUGGGGAGAGAGGGCAGGUUAAAAAUAAAGGUUUAUAUUAUUAUUAGUAUUAGUAUUAGUAUUAGUAUUAUGUAAUCCCAUUGUCUGAAGUGUCAACAAAAGUUAUUUGGAGUUGCACUACCUUGAAACAUGUAGGUUCAAUUUAGCGCUCAUGUCUUAUUAAUUUGGCUAUAGUGUUUUUAAUGUAAUCUAAAGUUGUAAUUCCUAAGUUACCAUAUUGUAUACUCAUGUAUAAGAAUAAUGUGUGGACCACAGGUUUCAAUAAUACUGAUUUAAAGAACUGAAAAUCACCACAAAUUAUUCUAGAAGUUAUUUAUGCCAUGUGUAAAAAAGCACUUCCUUUUAUCUGCCCUAAACUUUGCCAAGCAAUCUGCUGAAUGAUUACAUUCUCAAAGUAUCAGAGGGGAGAGAAAAUUCCAGCUUCUCUGGCAUUAAUAAGGUGUUUAUCUAUAACUGAAUCCCUGCUUUGCCCCAUCUUAUUCCAAAACCAAAUCUAUUUGAAUAUGAUAGGAUGACCUCAUAAUGAAGACACAAUUCAAGCUGCUUGAGACCCACUUUCUAUCGGGACACCAGAAAAGAUACUUGCCAACUUAGUCCAGUCUUUUUUAUAUAAUAAGAUACAUGAACACAAUAAGAUAAGAGUUUACUACAGGUACACUCUUCUUUCAUCUUCUCUUGCAUCUUCCCUGUUAAACUACCUAACCCAAAUAUCUGUUUCUUGAUUGUCAGAAUGAAAAAAGACCAGGGAUUUAAAGUGGGGAAAACUGAUAUCAAAUUACUUUUAAUUCCAUAGAUACACUGAGGAAAGGAGGGGGGAAUAAUAAGUGGGUUGCAUUACAAGAUGCUUUUCUGCAAUGUGGAGGGGUUAACUCAUUUAUAAGAAAGUUACUGUCCAUAUAACCCUUGAUUGUUUUAUUGACUUUCUGAAAAGUACAUUAAAUUUUUUAAAGAAUCUUGACAAAAGCAACGCUGUCAUUCACGUGUUUUACUAUAAUGCUAUUAGGACACACUUCUAUGUAUCUGUGUCUGGGGAUCACUCGUCAGGCCUGAGAGUUUAAAUAUCUGUACGCUGAUUCCAUUUCCAUUUCCAUUUAGAGAGUAUCUGUACCUGAGGCUGUUCCUGUAUUUAUUUUCCUACUCAUUUACUUCUCUUUCUUGAAAUUGGUCAUUCUAUAUUAAUACUCUAUGUUUCCCUUUCUCUCACUCCUGUCUGUCUGUCUUGUAAUUUUGAUUUCACAGUCUUGGCUUGGAGACAGGGUGGCUGAAGGGUUUAUCAUCUUAUUGCUUUCCCAUAUCAUUCUUAUCAUUAUCUAAAACAUCACAUGUCACUUGAAUUAUUCCUUCUAUUCCUUCACAUUUCCAUUCAUUGUGUUACGUUAUUCUUGGAUAUUCAGUGUAAUGAAGUGAGAUUUAAAACUGAAUAAGGAGUUGCAGGUCUUCCUGUAAAAUAACAAGACUUUGGACUAUUCUAAAUCACUAUUGGUAUAAAGAGGCAGGAGACUGGGCAUCUCACCCAUUUCUCUUACAGCUGGUAGAAAGUGCUCUUGGCAAUAGUAAAGGACCCAAACUACCAUUCUUGUUUGACUUGGCUUCUCAUUAUUCAGCAUAACAAAAAUAAAUGAACAUACCUAUUAGAGACAAAACAUUCAGAAUCAGAUUUCCAAUCAUGAAGUUCACUUCAGGAGCCCAGUAAUGUAGAUAAGUAGACUGAGUAUAGCUAUCCAAGUUAAUAUUAAAAAACAGGGAGUAAGCACCUGCUUCAAAAUCUGUUUCCAAAUUAAUUUAACAUUUAAUGGAAAAAUUAAGAUGUCCAUAAAAAUGUAUAUAUACACAACCCAAGGCAUUUUUACAACCGAGCUUUUUCAUUUCAUUAAAUAUAUUAAUGUGUUUAGGUUUAAUUUCAGAUUAUUAGUUAAUACAGAGGAUUGUCUUAUACCAGAGAAAAACUACUUGAGAUCAGAUUCAUCCCGAACUUUCUAGCAUACUAUUCUCAGAAUGGAAUCAGGUCAGACAAUUGUCAGUGCUUUGAGAAAGCCUGAAAAAAGAAGUACCAGGACUAAGAAGAAAAGAUUAACCUUUGAAGAUGAAGAAAAUACUGGUAAAUCCGAAGAGACUCUAACAUUCAAAGACAUAAAACAAGCAUUUAUGGAAAGGAGCACCAACUUCCUGAAAUUUGGUUUCGUUUUCAUUAAAAGCAUCUCUCAACAAGGUUUAAAUAUAGUGGGAGCAACUUAUAACAGCCGAAGUAAAAGACUGGUUCUAGCAGAUGGUAAAGGAUUUUUCAGCUUGGAUUUGCUUCCUUCUAAUCAAAAUGUUAGAAGAGAGAUGAAUUUUCCAAAAUAUCAAUUCAGCAUGGCGAGAAUAAUCACUUACUCUGAAAAAUUCAAUGUUUACUUUGUUCUACAAAAAGAUUUUUCAAUCAAGGUUUACAACAAAGAUUAUGUUGAGGUUUGCUCAGUAGAAAAUCGUGGUUCUGGGCGGCUAAUAUUUAUAUCAUUCAACCCAGUUAAAAAUGAACUCAUAAGUGGAGGAUUUAAAGGAGUUAAGACAUGGAAGUUUAAAGAAAAGAGACCUGCUGAAGAGGCUGCUCCUGUCCCAAUGUACAAUUACGGCCUUUUCCCCAGUUCAGUGUAUCCAUACAUGGGGAAAAGCUGGUGUACAAAUAUGGAUUUUGAUGUUCCUAUGCAAAGAUACUACUGUUUUUCCGAAGGCCACUUCUACUGUUAUGACAUCAAUGGAAAAAUGCUACUUCAGAUACUAAAUGCACAUGAAACUGCUAUUCUUUGUUGUGCCUACUCAGCUGAAAUUGGAAUUUUUCUUACUUCCUCCAAAGGCAGUGAAAUAAAAUCUUGGAAUGGACAAGGCAACUUGCUACAUGUAUUUCAAGGUCAUUCCAAAACUGUCACUAAGCUUCUUCUCCAUCCAAGCAUUGCUUCUUUAUUUAUCUCUGGAUCUCUUGAUGGAUCGGUCAAACUCUGGUCGCUUGAUAGCAUGGAAGUUUUUUACAGCAUAUCAUUGUUCCAAGAAGGAAUACUUUGGAUUGGUGUAAUGGAAGAUCAAUUUAUGUACUGCUGUUCUGCCCGCAAUCUACAUAUAUAUGAUUUGAAUUCAUUUACAAGCUUUUGGACUUCGGUCAAUAGUCCUAUAAGUAAUCUCUACCUCUGUGGUGCUGAUGGGAAAUCCAGCAGAGUAGUUGCUAUGGGUGUGGACAACAGCUUAAGGAUAUUCUCUCUUCAUAAUGGGACAAGAUUAAGCACAGUUCUGCCGCCUCCUUCUCCUCUGCUCCACCCAGUUCUAGGCUUUGCCUAUAACCGAGCCAGUGGAACAAUUUACCUUCUCCUGACACCCAGGGAUAUAUGGGUCUAUACAGCAAGAACUGAGCCUGCAUGUAGAGCAGCAGUGUGGACUAUUGGAGAACUACAGCAACACUUACAGAGAAAACACCCCUUAGCCUCCUGUGUUCAGAAAAAUGAAUAUUUUCAACAUACUCGAAAAAGAAAUGUUAAAACCCCAGCCAGAUGCGAAUGCCUCUGCAGCUUAUCCUCACCUUUGUGCUAUUUGACAGAUGAAGGAAUGGUGUAUGCAGAUAGUCAGGAAUUUCUGGUUCUUGGUAUGCAGGAUGGGAGAGUUCUGUUUCUUCAUACCUCUAUACAAAAUUUGGUAUAUUAUGAGAUGGCGGCCACUAAAGAUCCAGUGAUCCGCUUAAGACAUGAUACAACCCAUCACCAACUGAUUAUUAUAUACCAGAGGCUAAAACACAAGAUGAUACAUUUCAGAAGCUUGCCUGCUUUGAAGCUGGUCUUCCAGAUACAAGUAUCGGAUGAUACCACUGUUUUCACAAGGCUGAACAGUUCACUCAUUAUUGGCCUAACAUCUGGAAUUGUAGAUAUUUUAAAUAUCCGAAAUGAAGAGAAAGGGAUCACAUCUUCUGGAAAAAAUAUAAAUGAGAAUGGGGAAAGUGUUUAUUCUUGCUUUGACAACUACCAUGAUGGCCCUGUAGUAGCAGUUGAUUCCUGUGAGAAUCGUUCUAUCUUUUUAAGUUGUGGUUCAGAUACUGUGAUAAAACUGUGGGACCUUCAAAAGAAUCUCUUGGCUGAGAUCACUCUUGACAACACUUUGAGCACAGCUUGUUUCCUGAAUAGUUCUGGUGACAUUCUAUUGGCUUUUAAAAGUGAUCUUUAUAUCUUGCCUCUUACCAAGGCACUGGGUAUAUCAAAAAGAAAUAUUGAAACUUCUACAGUAUUAGCAGCAGAAUCCUUUAUUUUUGAAAGUCCACUUCUAGAAAACAUUGAUGUGUCUAAAUCCAUUGAGAUGGCAUCGUAUCUGGAACCUUAUAAAGGGUUUGCUUUCACCGAAGACUUUACAUCAGACUUGCAGUUUUUACUUAAGAAGAAAGAAAAGCCAGCUUGGAGAUUACUGAUGGCUCCUUCAGAGAUCUACUGCUCUCCCUGCACUUCAGAAGGAUCCCUGAAGAUGUUUGAUUUUCUGAUCCAGGGUGGACCCCUCAAUUUAGAAGAACAAGAUAAAGUUGAAAUGUCUAGAAAAAUGAUAGUAACAGAGGAUAAGAAAUAUGUGCCUGCGCCAAAAUCUGUCCCGCCUACAGAGUGGGAAUUACCUUUCUUUGGGGUCUCUCCAUGUUCAUCUCUAAUCCAUGAAGAGCCCAGGAAAAAAGCACAACCUGAAGAAAAGAUUUCUGAGGCAGAAAUUGAAGUAGCUGCUUUGGAGCCAUUACCAGAAAUCCUCAGUGAAAAACAGAAUCAAAUCGGUGAAGAAACAUCUUCAGAACUACUGGAAAUAACACAAGAGAGUGCCACUAUUUUGAACAAAAUAGAGAUCUCAGAGCCAAUAUCAGACACAGAUUAUGAUUUUCAUAAAAAAGAAGAACAACAUCCUAGUACAAAAAGAGAAAUCGAGAGUGUCAAGUUUGCUACGUGGAGCUCUCAUCCUGAGGAAAAAGUCACACCCUUGAAAGUUCAGGAAAUGAAGGCAUUCUCAAAGAAACCUGUACCCAAGGAGCACAUGCAGAAAAAGCUCCUCAAAAUGGAAAAGCUGGGUUUAAAAAAGAUGCAGACACCAAAACGUGCAAAGAAAUUUUCAGCACCAAAGAGUGCUAUGAGGUCAAGAGAUGUCAAAUAUGUCCCCUACACCCGAUCAUCCCAGUCAGUUAAUUCUAUUGGUCAAAAAAUAUGCCCUCCACUUGGAACUAAGGAUUUCUUACCUUAUGAAAAAAGACCUACUUCAAGAAAGAAGACCAAGCAAGAGGAAAAGGAACAUUAUGAAUUGUCUCAUGAAAAAGAUAUUAUAAGAGCAGUGACUUGGAGAAGGAGGCAAAACGAACUAAUCUGUCAAGCAGAGGAGCGACGCAUACUGCUAGAGCUUAACAAAAGGCUGUGCUCACGCAACCACUGUUUCACACCUACCAACUCUCAACAAUAUCAACAUCUACAACCUUCUGAAAGCCUUCCUGAAACUUUGUUUUCCUGGAUGCAGCCCGACAAACACAGCCAUCCAUACACUGUGAUGGAAGAAACUAUAAUUAAGCUCCCCAGAGAUUUCCCAUACAGGCUGGCCUGGGGAACACCAGCCACACAAGACCUAGGCAUUAAACUGUAUUGCCCUAAGAUGAAGCUGAAUAAGGAACGUAAAAUGAGCAGCCUGCUUAUUGAGAAGAAUUUGCAACCAACAAAAUCAAUCCCAGAAAAAGGGAGAUAUAUCUUAGUGAAUGACCAAGUUCCAGCAUCUUCAACUCCUCCUAUGAGCCCUCUGGAGAGCAAGUUACUCAGUGUGCGUUUCCCAAAGAUGAAGGAAAAGAUUCUUUGUUCUCUCAUGUCAGACUUGUAGGGAUCAUACUAGUCUUUUCUUUGAUUUUCAGCAGCCUUCGUUUAUGAAUCCUUUCAGUAUCUUCUGUUCCUUCCAUGGGUUCACUAGAGAGCAAGGUUCUGAGGGUACAACCUCCUACUCCCACACUGCUGUGUUUUCCCUCAUAUUGUUUGAAUAAGUUCCCACGGUUGGUUGGCCAAGUAAUAACACCAGUAUUUGAGCUCUCUUA